GAUGAGAAUAUUUGGAUGAGCCUCACUGAUGAAAAUAUAAUAGAAAUGGUAAACCAAGAAGGGGAAGAGAGUAGUAAAGAGGAAAAUGAAUUAGUAGAAAAAAUCAAAAUCAUAAGUAACACAGUAGCUAGAGA